AUGGCGGAGGUGAUUAGCAGAACCAGUUUGUUCUUUGGAGCAAGUUGUCGGAACCACCGUGUUGAUGAUGAUUUCUCUUUGUCUCCGGUGAGUUUUGGUGGGUUUGGUCUGAAAAAGAGUUUCUCUUCUCUGAAGCUGAAGAAGCCUCUUAGAAGUGAUUUCUAUGGAAAACAGAUCCUUUUUGAAGAUGCUAAAAACGAGAGCUUUAAUCGAAGCUUCCGAUCAUCAUCCAUCACAGCUCAGACAACGCUGAGGAUUGGGACAGCUCAAAAGUGGUGGGAGAAAGGUCUGAAAGAAAACAUGAGAGCGAUCUCUUCAGCUCAAGAUCUUGUUGAUUCGCUCACAAACGCUGGCGACAAGCUCGUCGUGGUCGAUUUCUUCUCGCCUGGUUGUGGCGGCUGCAAGGCUCUGCAUCCUAAGAUGUGUCAGUUGGCAGAGCAGAACCCUGAUGUGCAGUUUCUUCAGGUGAAUUACGAGGAGCACAAGUCCAUGUGUUAUAGCCUCGGUGUCCAUGUCCUCCCGUUUUUCCGAUUCUACCGAGGUGCUCAAGGUCGUGUUUGCAGCUUUAGCUGUACCAAUGCCACGAUCAAGAAAUUCAGAGACGCAUUGGCGAAGCAUAGACCAGAUAGAUCCAGCCUUGGUCCGAUUAAAGGGCUUGAAGAGAAAGAGCUUGUGGCACUUGCAGCCAACAAAGAACUCAACUUUAGUUACACACCGAAGGAUGUACCAGUCGAGAAAGAAGCAGCUAUUCCCGCUUCCAACCCGAGUCUCCCUGUUCCUCAUCCAUCGACGAAUGCCAAUGACGAAAAGACACUUGUCUCCGCAGGGAGAUGA